AACGCAAGGAGGAUUUCUAAGAUGAGUGGCGGAGGUAUGCGGGGGGGCCGGAGGAUCCCCACUCCAAUGCCCCCUCCUAAGGACACGCAGCAUAUGAAUAGAUCGACACCACGACUCGUUGGUUCUGACGCCUCAUAUAAAUUGAGUCAAUGUGAAAUAGAAGCUCUAAAUGCUGUAAAGGCGACCGCACCGAAGAUGGACCGUAACGGUUAUUUCUUCUACGUAACAUCAACGGCUAAGAAAAAGAAAAUAAGCUUAAUGCAACCGAAGCCUCCGCGAGUGGCUUUCGCUGAAGAAAAACGUCGCCCGGGGGUGGCUGAGAGAGUUUACACCCACGGCAGUGUGGCUCAAACCGCCACUGAGCACGGACGUGGGGACUAUAUGUCGCAGAGAGGUACCAACGACGCGCCGCGAGCGCGGUUAUACACGCAACUAGAAAGUUAUCAACCCCGUUAUCAUACUAUACGUGAGAACAGUGAUAAGAGAGUGGAAAGUGAUAUCAGAAGGAAGAAGCGUGAUACAAGGAUUUCUGCCUAUCCACAAGUUCAAAGGGCGUCAACAACAAAAUGCAGCGGGGGUUCCCCGCAUAGAGAGCGACGACGACGCGAUGAAGAUGCGGCGCCGGCGGGGGGCUUCACUUCUGCGUUGCAUCGCACGCCCCCCGCGCCGCCUCCAGCACUAUUGCGACGUCUCGGCGUUAAGGAACCCACUGGGGUUGGCAAGGUGAAAGUGAUGCUACGUGUGGGUGCAUCAGGCGAAGGUCCGUUCACCAGCGGAACGCAGACGUUCUCUCUGGACAAGCGCAAGCGGCAGGUGACUCUUUGCGAGACGGCACCCAGCGCCUCUGCCCCCGAAGAUAGGAAGGUCGGCGUGGCCGCGCCUAAGAUGUUCGCUUUCGAUGCUAUAUUCUCGCAAGAUGAUUCACAGACGGAGAUUUGCUCGAGCGCGCUAACUGACGUCAUCCAUGCCGUCAUCAACGGCACCGACGGUUGCCUCUUCUGCUUCGGACACGCAGGACUAGGUAAAUCGUACACAAUGCUGGGGCGACCGGAGGCGGCGGGCACGUUGGGCGCCAUCCCGUGCGCAAUCGCGUGGCUCUUCCGUGGUAUCGCCGAGCAGCGCCACAAGUGCGGCACGCGCUUCUCCGUCAGGGUCUCCGCUGUUGAACUCUGCACCAACACCAACCAGAUACGAGACCUGCUUGCACCUUAUCAGAAUGAUACAGAGCAAUCACCAGGAGUUUAUCUAAGAGAUGAUCCACUAUUCGGCACUCAUUUACAAAAUCAAUCAGAACUACGCGUCCAUAGCGCCGAAAAGGCCGCAUUCUACCUCGACGCAGCACUGGCCACUAGAGGUGCGAAAGAAGAGGGAAAAGACAGUCAUCUGUUGUACACACUGCAUGUUUACCAAUACAGUGUGGGAGGAAAGGGAGCUGUUGCUGGUGGACGGAGCCGUUUACAUCUUAUCGACUUAGGAAAUUCAGAAAGAGGAAAAAGUAAUGGAGGAAUACCUCUAUCAGGCUUAGGCAAUAUCCUACUCGCUAUAUUCAAUGGACAAAGACAUUUACCAUAUCGUGAUCAUAACUUAACACAUGUCCUCAAAGAGUGUCUCGGUUCAUUGACUUGUCAUACAGCUAUGAUUGUUCACGUUUCGCCAAAUAUACAAAAUUAUUCAGACACUCUUACAACACUGCAAUUGGCAUCAAGAAUACAUAGAUUACGGCGAAGAAAAAUGAAAUAUUCCUCAAAUAAUAACGCAGGAUCCGGAGGUAGUUCUGGUGAAGAUGCAUCAAAACCCAGCAGCAGUGAGCCCGAUCCGUCUAGUAGUGACUUAUCUGCUGAUACGGUGAUUUAUGUAGGACCGAUGGAUGACGCUACUGACGGAGAACAUCCACCUGUUUACAUACCACAUAUAAAUUCAGGAGAUAAUAGAUGUGUCCUAAGCAAAGCUCUUCGAGGAUCUGCAGCAGAACAAAGACAUAAAUCAUCCUUAUCGAAAGUUAUAGAAGAAAAAAGUCCUAUUCACAAAUUACAUUCUUCACCAAAAGCAUCACCUAUGAAAACUGGAAUUCAACCAAUAAGUCAAACACCUAAGUCCUCUCCUGUGCAUUCAGCAGCGUCAAAAGCAGCUCCUCUAAAGAAAACUUGCGUUAAAUCUUUCUCAGAAGAAGGUAAAAGUUCUAGUGACGAACAUUGGAUUGACGGUCCAAGAAUAUCAAAAUCUAGGUUAGUUGAAGCGAGACACAUAAUUAAAGAAACACAAGUGAAAAAACGUGAAACUUGGAUUGAUGGGCCUAUGCAAGAAAGCAAAACACCUUUGCAAUUUGAAUCCGUACCAGUGCAGCCCCCUACUAUACCUUUACAAGCAGGUGUUUUAAGUUCACAUGGAAAUGAAAGUCUUGGAUACGGAUAUAUGGAUAAUCAUAAAAAGAAUAUGAUAAGAAAGUGGGUAGAAAACCAAACCUCUCAAAUACAUAAAUCAAGACACAAUUCACCAAGCCACAAAAUACAAACUGGACACAGAGACCCAGGAGUAAGAAUUCCCGAUGAUCCAGAAACAACUCAUAAAAUGGAACCAGUAAAAGACAGUUCUAGAAGAAUACAUGUUGAAGAAUCCACUAUAAGAACUGGGUUAAAGGCUGGAUCAAAAGGAAUGACGAUAGAAGAAGAAAACAUAGGGCCUCCGUUUACAGAUCACACCUUGAGAAGAUCAAGCAGUACUAAGUCUGCAUCUAAAAACGAACAAGAUGAUGACGACGAUAGUGAAGAAUUGGCAGAAAUACCUCCUGCACUUCCCUUACUACAGCCUAGUAGUUUGAGUAGUAGGGAAGUGUCAAUGGAGAGCUUGGACUCAAAGUAUAAAGAACGGUUAAGAAUGGACGAGGAACUACUUUCUAAUCGAAGUAGAGAUAUUGAGGCACAUCAACUUAGUAGGUUAACUGGUGACGACGAGGAUGAUAUGCUAGAAAUAAUUGAAGUCGAAGAACCUUUAGAACCAGUGCCAAUGCAGGACAGUUGUCUACAAGUUACCGAAGAAGAUAUAGCAUUUUGUAUGGGUCUUGCAGAACAUCCUAUGGCAGGGAUGGAACAUGAAGAUGGCGAUGAUCACCCAUUGAGAAUACUAAGCCAAGAAAAUCUUACAGUUGCAUCAACGUUCACUGAUACUCUAUCGCUGUAUAGUGAAGUGGAAAGACAAUUAAGAAACGAAUCAUAUCUAAGACAAUUAGGUUUUUACGCAGAACAUUUUAGUGGCGAUCAGCCUUUAGCCGAUAUUAAUCCUCACGAAAGCUUACAAUCGUCCCGGUCAAGAAUAGAUGAUAUAUUAGGUUUGACAGAAUUAUAUGGUUCACGUAGAGUACUAGAUGGCAAUGAUGUUCCUAAUCCUAGAAUCGCUCCACAAUUUCAAUCAUUGUCCUUAUGCAAUGUUCGCGACACGGAAGAAUAUCAUGGAGACGGUUCCGUUUAUAGCGAACCUGCAUACAGGCCGAGUGAUAAAAUAUGUAACAGUUGUAAACGAUCCAUGUCGAGACCUGGAAGUGCCGUUGACGACUGUGCAUAUCAAGAUUUGGACGUACCCCAUAACGAUUACGGUACUUUCGAAAGAUAUCGAGGAAACGACAUAACUGAUGCCAGAAUUGCUUCCUUGAGGCAUCCAGACGGAGCGUCCGAUCCAAAUUUAAGAGAAGAAAAACGAAUCCCUGGUAAUGGAGCUCCAUCGAGUACAUUUAGAGAUUUAAAAUCAAAUUUACACCUUGAAGUCACACCACCUGUAGUAACAACCGAGCCUCGUAUAGAUAAAAGCGAGAAAGGUGAUAAAGUCGUCGCAAGAGUAGUUGCGAGUUCAAAGCCAGACGGUUACGACAGCGGGCAUGAAUCGACGCCGAGAACUGGGAAGCAUAGUCCAGCAGCUACAUCAAGGCGGGCUGAAUCAGGUUAUGAUUCAGUACCUAGAGAUUCGGAUGCGUCAUCUCUCGACUCUUACCCGACAAGACGAGCUGCUGUGGCGCGAGCUCAUGCAAAAAAACAUACGACAGCGAAGUAUAAGCAACACAGCGAUCGAUCUUUUUGUUCCUGGCUAAGAAAUCCUUUUACUUGUAAAUACGCCGAUACCGAUCCUGAAAUAAGCGAUUUUUAACUUUCAAUAAUAUCAUCGAUUCCUCAAGAAGCUUGUACUUUGAGUGUUUCAAAUUCUAAAUGGUUUAUAUCAUUAAGCUACGUUACCGAAUUUAAUCUGGAGACUGCUUUUGUACUCUAGGUGUACUCGUAUUUAUACAACAAAGGCUUGGCACUAAUCCAAUGAGGUUACCACCGUAUUUUUCUAAUCUUAACGAAAGCUUGUAGCCCCGUCUUUACUUAAGACUAAUUAUCUAUAAACGUCUUUUGACAAUGUUGUAAAUACAGACGUGUUGAAAAACCUCUUGACUGUUAUUUUUGCUCAUUUUGUACUUUUAUAGUCGUACGUUUUGUAGACAAACGUCUUAAAUUAACUUUGCUAUAAACAGUAAAUAUAAUCAAAUUGAAUAGUCUUCCUUUGUCUUCCCAGUCAGUGACCUCAUACUAAGCAGGCUGCCAUAUUAUCUAAAAAAUGUUGACAGUUGGGAAAAGGCCAAUAUGUUUUGUUUAAACUACUUAAAAUGAGCAAAAGUUUGAAAUGUAAUCCAUUUAAAUUAUCAUAACUUGAAUUAUUUCUGUAUUUUGAUACUUUAAAGAGCCUUCUGCAAGUUUAACAGAUCUAGUAUUAAAAAAGAUAACCUAAAAAUCAGUUUAGAUAUGUUCGGAAAAGAUUUGAUUUAUUUAUAACAUUUUAGGAAUAAGACUGUUGUCAUUGGCCAUGUUCUUCAUAGCUUUAAUAUGUAUUUUGAUAUUGUAAUAUAGCGUACAAUUAUUCAGUCGGCUCGUCCGUGUGUACAUACUCGAUCGCAAUCACUACGGCUUUAUGAAAUGUUGAUGAACUUAGUUAUGGCUUUAUAUUGUCAAUGUUUUGUUAUUAUACCAUUAUAUUAUAAAUAUAUAUCCUAAAUUCUACUA